UGACAAACGGGACUGUUCAUUCGAAAGGAAGAGGAGCAGGCUAACGAAGUCGUUGAGCCGCGGGGCAUCAGGCCAUGCCAGUGCCUCGCGACGGCCGAGUUAUCCGCCUCGCGUCUCGACUUCUUCCCCCGUUCCAUCCCCGCUCUCCAGAGUCUCAGUCCUCGGACACUCCCAGGCCCCGUCCCUCCGAUCUGCUGAGAUAUGGCUUCCGUCCUCACUGUUGUCUCCUCUUCUUCCUUCGCCUUGUCCAGUCGCAGCCCUCAUCGCCACUGUUCGCCGGCCGUCCGAGCUCCUCCACCCUUCUCUUAUCGCUGCUACUUAAGGGGCUUCCAGCGGAGGACACUUACCGUGAAGGCGGCUGAGACCGACGCCGACGAAGUCAAAGCUGCGGCGCCUGAGGAGGCGCCGUCAAGUAGUGGAGCGGGUGGGUCUAGCAUCAAUCAGCUUCUUGGCAUCAAGGGUGCGGCUCAAGAAUCGAAUAAAUGGAAGAUACGUCUUCAACUUACAAAACCAGUCACUUGGCCUCCACUAGUGUGGGGAGUGGUUUGUGGAGCUGCUGCUUCUGGAAAUUUUCACUGGAAUGUUGAAGAUGUUGCUAAAGCUAUUGUCUGUAUGAUAAUGUCUGGACCUUGUCUAACAGGAUAUACACAGACAAUGAAUGACUGGUAUGACAGAGAAAUUGAUGCAAUCAAUGAGCCUUAUCGUCCUAUUCCUUCAGGAUCAAUUUCUGAGGGUGAGGUUAUAACCCAAAUUUGGGUGCUUCUUUUAGCUGGCCUUGGAUUGGCAGGCCUGUUAGAUGUGUGGGCAGGGCACAAGUCUCCUGACAUAUUUUAUUUGGCUGUUGGUGGAUCUCUUAUCUCUUACAUAUAUUCAGCUCCUCCUCUUAAACUCAAGCAGAAUGGUUGGAUUGGAAAUUUUGCUUUAGGAGCAAGCUACAUUAGCUUGCCAUGGUGGGCUGGCCAAGCACUCUUUGGAACUCUUACUCCCGAUAUUAUUGUCUUGACACUCCUUUACAGCAUAGCUGGGCUUGGAAUUGCAAUAGUAAAUGAUUUUAAAAGCAUUGAAGGAGACAGGGCUUUGGGACUUCAGUCACUUCCAGUUGCUUUUGGCGUGGAGACUGCUAAAUGGAUUUGUGUUGCUGCUAUAGAUAUUACGCAGUUAUCAGUUGCAGGAUACCUUCUUGGUGAUGAUAAGCCCUUCUAUGCAUUAGCAUUGCUUGGAUUGAUCCUCCCACAAGUAUAUUUCCAGUUUGAAUACUUCUUGAAAGAUCCCGUUAAGUAUGAUGUCAAGUAUCAGGCUAGUGCUCAGCCCUUUCUGAUCCUGGGUUUGUUAGUAACAGCCUUGGGGAUUAGUCACUGAUUCUACAAGUCGUCUUGUUGCUCAAUGAUUUUGUAAUCGUUUGGUGGUUUGCUUCUCUUGAUGCUCUAAAUGGACUAAGGCAUAAACAAUUCUAUAGCCUCAACAAUAGCAUGUCCGUAUAGAUGUAACAAGAAGCUGUAGAUUGACAUUGCACGGCAGAAACGGGCUAUAAUAAGAGGUACUUAUAUGGUAGUUAUGCGGAGAGGAUUCUGAAUCUGCUUUAUCUAUGAAUAAGAAAACUAUAAGUACUGUCUUUCUUUUGUGGAAUGUGUUUGAUUGAUGGAUUGAUGUGAGAUAUUCGGAAUUCUUAUGAAAUGAUCUAUCCAUGAGACCUUGUUCCUGGGCUA